UCCUCUUCGCCCCCCCACACACAAACAAAUAAAAAAUAAACAAAGCAAACAAACAAGGAACAGGCAUAAUCUUUCUCAGAAGCUUCAAGCAGGCAGCAGGGGACCCGAAUCGCCUUUGGCAGAUCCAUCACCAUCUUUGAGCAUGUCAACCACGUACAUAGCAUCUGCUAUCGUGGGAUCAUUUGCAGUAGCAUAUGUUUGUGACCAUCUUGUUUCAGACAAGAAGAUAUUUGGAGGCACUACACCAAGAACAGUUUCAAACAAGGAAUGGUGGGAGGAGACUGACAGGAAAUUUCAAGCAUGGCCUCGUACUGGAGGGCCACCAGUGGUGAUGAAUCCCAUCACUCGGCAGAAUUUCAUUGUCAAAUCCCAAGAUUCUUGAAUCCAAUUUUUAGCUUGUGAGAAUUCAGUUUCAGUUCAUUGGGGUGAUCUUUCUGCCACUGACAAUGUUUAGCGAUGUUCCAAUACUUGAACACAGCCAUUUUUAGCUCUGAUGACAAUGGCCUGUGUGCCUUUUUAUUUUUUUUCCUGGAUAUGGGUUUCGUCAGCAAUGCUGUCAUGUUUCCAUCCAAAUAAAAGCAAAGUGACAGAAUUCAGAGCAUUUCAUUGUUUC